AUGGGUGCCACCACUUCUUCUCUGUCGGGCGAGCUCGGCGGCCCGAACCCGAGGCCCAAGCUGGAGGACAUACCCGAGUCCUGCAUCGCCCUGGUCCUCUCCGGCUUGGACCCACCGGAGAUCGCCAAACUGGCCCGGCUCAAUCGGGCUUUCCGGGCCGCGUCGUCGUCGGAUUUCAUAUGGAUUCCCAAAUUUCCCUCCAAUUACCGGUAUAUCCUCUCCAGAUCUGGCGAUCGGAGCAUCGGGGACAAGGGCAUGAAGGACAUCUAUGCCGCGCUUUGUAAACCUAAUCCUUUCGAUGGCGGUACAAAGGAGGUUUGGAUAGACAAGCGUACGGGAGGGGUUUGUUUGGCAAUAUCUUCGAAGGCUAUGUCGAUAACCGGAAUCGAUGAUCGGCGGUAUUGGAGUUACAUUCCGACUGAUGAAUCUAGAUUUCCGACAAUAGCAUACCUUCAACAAACCUGGUGGCUCGAAAUAAACGGGGAGCUCGAUUUCCAAUUCCCCAUAGGCACUUAUAGCCUAUUCUUCAGGCUCAGUCUCGGUAAAAUCGGCAAGAGAUUGGGCCGUCGGGUUUGUAAUUUCGAUAAUGUCCACGGCUGGGAGAUCAAGCCGGCCCAUUUUCAGCUGACUACUCAGGACGGCCAAAGUGCGGUGGCUCGUUGCACCUUGGACAAUUUGGGAAAUUGGGUAAAUUACCAUGUGGGUGAGUUUGUCGUGCGGGAUUCGGAUGUGUUAACCACGGUCAAAUUCUCUUUAACUCAAAUUGACUGUACCCACACGAAAGGCGGUCUUUGCGUGGACUCGGUUUUUAUUUGUCUGAGUGGUUUAGGGAAAGGGUUGACUUGUUUGGAUGGUGAAGGAUGUAAGAAGUUUUAG